AUGAUCUCGACGCUCAUCUCUCGAACCGGUCGAGCCCUUGCCUUUUCGGUCUUUGUGAUAUUAGGUCUCAUCUGGUACACAUCCGGUUCCACAUAUUACAACGUUCCCGCGCCGUCGACCUUCCACGGCGGCAAUGGUUACAACACCCGCCACCCGAUCGAUGCGCUCAUGAGCACCGCGGAGACUGAUCUCGAUGAAAUUCUCAAAACCGAAUCCCACGAACUUGAAACUGCCGCAGAGAGAUACCGGGCCCGUCGCGGACGACAUCCUCCCCCCGGAUUCGCGCAAUGGUUCGAAUAUGCCAAAAGAAAGGAUACCCUCAUCAUCGAAGAGUUCUUCGAUCAGAUAUACCAAGAUCUGACUCCAUACUGGGCUUUGGAACCGAGAGAGUUGCGCCGGCAGGCUAAGAGCAUCCCCACCCGAAUUGCCAUUCGCAACAACACAGCGAUUUUGAAGACCGACGAACCAAGAAACUGGAUGGAUUCAUGGUACGAUCUAGUUUCGAAGAUAGAGGGAGGGCUGCCCGAUCUUGACAUGCCUAUCAACGUCAUGGAUGAGACCCGAUUGGUUGUUCCUUGGGAAACUAUCAACGAUUAUGUUCAGAAAGAAAAGGCAGCGCGGACCAUGCCAAGUGCGAACGAUGUUAUCUCAGAGUACAUGUCGUUGACUGAAUGGGAUCAGGAGAAUCUGGGGUCUUAUGAUCCGGGUUUCACUAUACCCCCAGAGGGAGGUUAUUGGCAAAUGGCUAAGGAAGGUUGCCCCCCGGGGAGUCCCGCACGCAACAGUACUCUUCCGAUGGUUGAUUUUAGCACUCCUCCUUGGGAUUUUGACAACUUCGAGCGGAUGUCUUACCAUGGUUACGUGGGGAACUUCACACUAGCCAAAGACCCUUGCGUUCGUCCAGAGAUGCAGGUCUUGCAUGGAACCUUCCUCGAGCCUAUAUCUGUGUCAACUUCAAACAAGCUACUCCCAUUGUUCGGCGGAUCUAAGCUCCCGAUGAAUAAUGAGAUUCUUCUUCCUCCAGCCAUGUACUGGGCGCAAAAUGAACACUACUCUGGCGGCGAGAAGGAGCACGGCGGUGCAUGGGACGCCAAGAUCAACAAAGCUGUAUGGCGUGGGGCGGCCACUGGAGGCCGCGCUCGUGAGCCAAACUGGACGGGUUUCCAAAGACACAGAUUCAUGUCCAUGAUGAAUGCAACGUCCGUCCAACAGGCAGAGCAGAACAACAGCCACGGUAUUAACUUCCGGCUUCCAAACUAUGCGGACUACAAGUUGAAUGAUAACGGCUUUGUCACAAAGCUUCUCGAGCAACACACUGACACUGGUUUCAACCAUCUGGUCUGUACGCCUUACAAUGAGGCGGACCCGACGUGUCCUUACCUCGAUCCAUACUUCCAAGUUGCGGAGGGUAUGCCCAUGAAGAAGAUGUACAAUUACAAGUAUCUGCCUGAUCUUGAUGGUAACUCCUUCAGUGGUCGAUAUCGCGGAUUCAUGUUGUCGACCUCGCUUCCUAUCAAGGCUACUAUAUACAACGAGUGGCACGACUCGCGUCUUAUUCCCUGGGUGCAUUUCGUGCCGAUGGAUACAACCUUUAUCGAUUUCUACGGCAUUAUGGCCUACUUCCUCGGUGGGCGAGACGCAGUCGCUCGCAAGAUCGCCCUUGCGGGUAAGGCAUGGGGUGAAAAGGUUCUCCGCAGAGAGGAUAUGGAAGUCUACACAUACCGUCUCCUUCUGGAGUAUGCUCGCAUUUGCGAUGACCGAAGAGAAUUCUUAGGGUUCACAGAUGACAUUUUUGCGCCCUGA